CACUUCCUGUGUGGUUUUCUGUCACUGGCUUUAAAGUGGAAGUGGACGCGACGUUUCUAUUAAAAACCACAACAACUCAGAGGCAGAGACAGUGAGGGAGUGUAAGAGAUCUAAUAGAAUGUUUGUUUGGUCUUUAUUUCCUGAAGCAAAGUUUGAGAGUUAGGACUUAGAAUGAAGACCCUCCUCAUCUUCACCUUCUGCCUGAUUACAGCUGGUUCUGAUGCUGUAACUACAGUAACUGGAUACAGAGGAAGAUCAGUUCAGAUUAAAUGCCCCUACGGAUCUGGAUAUGAAAAAUACAACAAGUAUCUCUGCAGAGGUACAUGUCCGUAUGGGGGGAAUAAAGACAUUCCUGUUCAUUCUGGAUCUCCUGCUAAAGACACCAGAUUCUCUCUGUAUGACGACACAACAGCCAAAGUCUUCACCGUCACCAUCACUGAUCUGAGAACAGAGGAUGGAAACACUUACUGGUGUGUGAUAGAGCGGACACUGCGUGAUAGUUACACAGAGCUUCGACUGCUGGUUAAAACGCUUGAUCCUGCCAUCACUACUAUCUCACACACCACACACACCACACACCCCGCUUCAACACACUCCAUGAGUCCAUCGGUGCAUGUUGAGACCACACAUUCAACAACAGCUAAUCCAUUAAGUGAUGCUAACCACCUAACCAACACUCACGAUGUUCCAGGUAUACCUAAGUACAUCAUGAUCAGUACAGGUGUAGUGUUGUUAGCUGUUGGUGUGAUUAUAGCGAUCUACUGCAAAAUAAAAUGUCAAGAGACACGAUCUUCCACAGAGGUACAGGCCAAUGAUUUGCUUCAAUGUUUUACUUUCACAAAACACUUUACUUACACACAUUUUAAUGAUUUCUGUUUUCCAUUUCAGGCAAAUGGAGAUUAUGAAAAUGUCCAGAAUUUACUUCCUCUCCAAGCGAAAGAAACAGCCAAUUUACCCAAAACUAUCUACGAGAUUCUAAACCUGGCCCCCGACCAAUCAGACCCAGUCUACCAAAAUCUGGCCUCUACUAAUAAACAAUAAGAUUCAGGGUGCAACUGUUCACCAUCCAAGUUAAUUGAUCUUAAUCUUAAUCCAAAGCUAACUGUCACAGUGUUUAUUUUUUAUUUUAUUAACAGACGUACUGUAUUUUUUGGCCUGUGGCUUUAUUCAUUUGCUGUAAAUGAACCUGCUACUUUAUUCAACUUGCAGUCAUUCCUGAUAAAUCUAACAACAUCUGAUGCCAAGUCUGCAUGUAACAACGCUGUACAUAAAAUCAUUUUUCAUUGAA